CACCAUUCCAAUUCAACUCCCGACAGCCAUGACAAUAAGGAGCGUCACAAUGCCGCAAUGCGACCAUCUGCCUGUCAUUGAAGCCUCAAUACCUCACUAUUACAAUCUACAAGGAUGCAAGUGACGUCACGAGCAGCCAAUGCCAUUCUGAUCCUUAGCUCAAAUCUUCAUCACAGUGGAUCCUAGCAACCUCCAACAUGGAUAUAGCAAUGGACCAGCCAAGCACUGCACACAACAUCACGCACAUAUACGGUUUCAGUUUUGUAACAUUUCUCAUUACAUGAUUCCAAUUCUUCUCCAAACAUGCAUGCCAUCGCAGUCACCCAAUACGGUCCAAUAUCUAAUAUAAAAGCAAUUAACCUCCCGCCUUCUGCAGAUCCACAAGGCCACGACAUACCCGUCCGCGUAAAAGCCUGCUCUGUCAACCCAGUCGAUACCAAAGUCCGAGCAGGAACCUAUGAUGACUACCCAGACUACUAUGACCGAACCCCUAGUCUGCCUCAAAUUCUCGGCUUUGACGGCGCUGGCAUAGUUGAAAGCGUGGGGUCCGAAGUCGCACAUUUCAAGCCCGGCGAUGAAGUCUACUACUCUGGCUCACCCAUCCGCCAGGGAAGCAAUGCAAAAUUCCAGCUCGUGGAUUCACGAGCAGUUGCGCUCAAACCAAAGAGCUUGGACUGGGGCCAGGCUGCCGCUAUGCCCCUAACUUGGAUCACAGCCUACGAAGCCCUUGUUGAACGAAUGGAGAUUCAGCGAGGCGAAAAGGCCGGCAUUCUCAUCAUCAACGGGGCCGGUGGUGUCGGCAGCGUCGCUAGUCAGAUUGCGCGCCAUGUCCUUGAUCUACCUGUUGUAGUGACCACGGCAUCGAGAGACGAAACAGUCAAGUUUUCAAAGGACGUCGGGGGUGCUACACACACCAUCAAUCACCACAAGGAUAUCUCCGCCGAGAUCGAGAAGCUCAAGUUAGACGUCCCUAUCAAAUACGUCUUCAUCACGCACACGCCAACAUCGGGCUACCUCGCUCCUGCAGCAAAGAUAUGUGCCCCCUUUGGAAAAGUCUGCUCCAUUGUUCAGGACAAGGAGAUGCCCAUGUAUGCUACAGAAUUCAUGGCAAAGAGCCUGACUUUUGUUUGGGCCCUGCUAGGUACUAAGCCCUACUACGGCGUUGACGUCGAAAGCCACGGUAGGAUAUUGGAAGAUUUGGCGAGAAUGCUAGACGAAGGAACGGUCAAGUGUCAUUGUAUGCAGAAGCUCAAGCUAGAUGAGGAGGGGGUGAGGAAGGCGCAUGAGAUUAUUGAAGGUGGCAAGGCUGUUGGCAAAGUUGCGCUGGAAUUCUAAGUGCAUAGUAGUUGUAUGAUAUUUAUGAGAUGAAUUUCGAAUCUCUCCCCAUCCAAAACCAAAUAAGAAUAACCCAUUCCUGAGGAACAUUGUAGUAUCAUAAUUGAUUUUGAC